AUGAAUUUAGAUAUAAAAUAAUUAGAUAAUUGUGAAUAAAGGAUAAUUAUUAGUACAGAAAAUUGUAAUGUAAUUGAAUUCGAAGAUAAAAAUAAAUAAUAAAAAUUUUGCAUAAUUCAUGGAAGAAUAAAUUAAAAUGUGUAAUUUAAACAAGAAUUAUUUAAUAAAAUUCGAUUGAAUAAAUGCUUUAACUUAAUCUAAAUUAUUAACUAAAUAAAAAAAGAUAAUGAAUUAUAUAUCUAGAUAGAUGAAUGUGAUUUAUCUUUAUUUUAAUAUAUGGAAGAUAGAAAAUCUUAUCAAUUUUCACCGGAAGAAAUAUAUGAUAUAUUAAGUUAGAUAAUAAAUGGAUAUUUAUACAUAUCCUAAUUUGGAAAAAGACUUUUCAAAUUAAAUCCACAUAAUAUUUUAGUUAAGAAAUUACAAAACUAAAAAAUAAUAAUAAAAAUAUUUAUUAAUUUUUUUGAAUGUAGUUCUGUCAAUUAAUAAGCACCCUCUAUAUUUACACAUUAUAGGGCUCCAGAAGAAAUGAAUUAAUCAGCAUAAGUUUCUGAAUAAACUGAUAUUUAUUUGGUAAAUAAUUGAAUAAACAAUAGCUUGGAAUAUUAUUACAUCAAUUAUGUUUCUAAAUGAAAAAACCUUCAGAUGGAAUUUAAAAUUUUAACGAUCUUAAAUAAUUUUAAUAAACUUUACUCAAAUAACAACUCUAAAAUAGAUUAGCUUAACAUAAUGAAGUUGAUUAAUAUUUAAAAAAUUUUAUAGAUAAAAUGAUAGAGAUCAAUUAAAAUGAUCGAAUUACAUGGAAAUAAUUAUCAACCCACAAUAAAUUACAAUAAAGUUUUAUCUUAUUAAAAAAUAAAUAUUAUUUAGAUAAGAAUAAAUAGCUUGGAAAAGGUGCAUAAGGUGUUACGUAUUAAGUUGAAGAUAUAGAAACAAAAGAGUUAUUUUGUGCUAAGUAAAUUAACACUACUUAAAUUGAAGGUAAAAGAGAAGAAGAAAUUUAUUAUUAAAUAAAGGAAUAACAGAAUCAUUAAAAUAUAAUAAGAAUUUUUGAUAUAAUUCCAACUGAAAAUAUAUAACAAACAUUUAUAAUUAUGGAGAAAUGCGAUUAGAAUAUUGAGGAAUAUUAUUAAUAAAAAAGAAAAAAUUUAUCUUAUGAAGAAAUACUCGAUUUGUUAAGUUAGAUUGCUUAUGGAUAUAAAUUUUUAAAAGAUUUACAGAUUAUUCAUCGAGAUUUAAAACCUGAAAACAUUCUUAUCAAAUAUGAAAAUUAAAAACCAAUUUUUAAAGUAUUCAGAUUAUAAAAUCUUAGAUAAUUGAUUUUGGUGUUGGAAGAAUCAUUGAUUAAUAAAUGGCAGUAACUAUAGCAGGAACUCCGAUUUUUUCAGCCCCAGAAGUUAUUCAAGGAAACUAAUAUGAUUAUUCAUGUGAUAUUUUUUCUGUAUUUUAUUUUUAUUAUCUAGCUUGGAACAAUGCUUUUUUAUCUUAUUUAUGGAAAUUAUUAUUUGAAUGUUUUAUCUAUUGAAGAUUUAAAAGAAAAGCAACAAUCAUUUGAACGUCAGCCUUUUUAAUGUCCAAAGGAUAAUAUUUCAAAGAUUGUUAAUCCUUUUUUAAUAAAUUUAAUUGAAUAAAUGAUGAUUUAUAAACCAAGUAACAGAAUAACUUGGGAAGAAUUAAUCUAAUAAUUGGAAUAAUAAUAAAAAAAUAAAAAGAAAAUAGAAAUUAAUUCCAUUCAAGAUUAUAACAAUCAAUCAUAUAAUUACUAAUAAUAAUAUAUAAAUUAAAAUAAUGAUAUUCAAAUAUAUAGUUAAUAAUAAUAAAAUCAUUAUUAAGUCUUUUAAAAUCAAAAUUAAAAUUUUAUUUAAUAUCAACACGAUGAGAAAAGUUAACAUGAAUACUAUCCAAACUAUUAAUAAAAUUAAUUCAAGGUUGAUUAAUCAAGUAAUUAUUAAAUCUAAUUUAUUGAAAUUGAAAAUUCUCAGAAUUAUCAAGAAUAUAAGCAAAAUUAAAAUUUAAAUUAAUCUUAAAAUCCUUAUUCGAAUUCAUAAAAUUACAUUCAUAAUUAGGAAGAUAAAAACUAGGAUUAUUUGUUUUUUAAUUAAAACUCAAAUAAUUAAAUAAAUCAACUUCAUAACAAAGAUAUUUUAUUUAAUUAGAAUUAAUAAACUUCAUUUUAGAAUUAUGAAAUUAAAUUUUAGAAUUAGGAAACUUAAAUUUAGAAUUAGGAAAUUUAAUUAUUCAGUUCAGAAGAUAAAAAAAUUAAGGUUGACACUCCUAAAUAAAUUUGUUUUGAAUACCAAGAUAAACAGUUAAAUAUUUUAGAUUUAAUUGAUUUAAACAAUUAAAAGUCAGGUGACGAAAUAUAAAAAUAAUUUCAAUAAUAAUAAUAAUAGUAAUAAUAAUAAUAACAAUAAUCAUAAUAUUAAAAAAAUGAAAAAAUUGAUGAGCUAGAGUUAUAAAAUUAAUCAAAUAAUAUAAAAAUUGACUCAAUUAAUAAUGAAGAAAAUUAAGAUUUUGAAAAAUAAACUUAAAGUUCAUUGAGUUCCUCAAGAAGUUGGAUAAAUGAUAAUCAAAUAAUUAUAAAAAGGAUAGAACAAAAUGAUGAUGAAAUGAAUGUUAUUUUGUACAUGUUUUGUUUGUUUGCUACGAUAUAAAAUUCGAUUGCAAAAUUGGAAUUAAUAGAUCAUUAAGAUUUAAGAAUAGUUUUAGAAUUUUUUAUCAGAAAGUGCCAGAUAUCUUGUUUAGAGAGUUUCAAAGUUUUAAAAGAAAAGAACUAUAUAUUUUUUGAAGCAGAACCAUUAUAUGGAGAUGAAAAAAGUCUUUUAUAAGAAAUUAGCAUAGAAGAUUUAAAUGAUUAAAUAGAAUAGAUUAAAUCUAAAAUCUAAUUGAAAGAAGUAGAAAAAAAUGUAAAAAAUAAAACAAUAAGAAGUAAAUUUUUAUUCUUAAAUCUCUUGUUAACAAAAUAAUAAAAAGUUUAACUAAUAACUUGUUAGAAUAUAAUAGUAUAUAUUUAAGAAAUUAUUACAUAUUUUCACAUGAUCAAACUGUAGGAGGAAGCAAAAAAAUCUAUAGAAAAAGUGAUAGAUUUUUACAUAAAAUUUCCUGUAAGUAACAUGAAAAAACUUAAUAAGAAGGAUAUGAUAGAUUAAAAAUGA